GCAGCUUUAACGUGUGGUUAAGGAAGUACAUUUUUCUUCUAUCACCAAUCUUUCCAUCUGAAAAAGCCUGUCUCUCUCUCUCUCUCUCCUUCUCCCUCUCUCUUUAUGCAGUUCUCCACUCGUUGAAGAAGCCAAAAACAAGAGCCACAAAGUGUUCAAGAAAAAGAAAAAGAAAAGUUAUUAUUGAAGAAUUAAAACUAUGGAGAAUGGAACGGUACUGAACCAUGAAAUGGAAACAGCUUCAACUAUCACGAUCAAAGGCAUCCUUAGUUUGUUAAUGCAAAACGUUGAUGAAAAGAACGGGAAGAGGUUGAUUUCUUUAGGUAUCGGUGACCCUACUGUUUAUUCUUGCUUUCAUACUACUCAUGUUGCCGGAGAAGCUGUUGCUGAAGCUCUUCAAUCUGAGAAGUUCAAUGGCUAUUCACCCACUGUUGGCCUUCCCCAAACCAGAAGGGCAAUUGCAGAAUAUCUGUCAUGUGAUCUUCCUUACAAGCUAUCAUCUGAUGAUGUCUUUGUCACAUCUGGCUGCACACAAGCUAUUGAUGUAGCAUUGGCAAUGCUUGGACGACCAGGUGCAAACAUCUUGCUUCCAAGGCCUGGAUUCCCAAUCUAUGAACUCUGUGCUACCUUUAGACGUCUAGAAGUUCGGUACUUUGAUCUUCUCCCCAAGAAAGGCUGGGAAGUUGAUCUCGAUUCGGUUGAAGCACUUGCAGAUCAGAACACAGUUGGUUUAGUAAUCAUAAACCCUGGCAAUCCUUGUGGCAAUGUGUACUCCUACCAACAUUUGAAAAGGAUUGCAGAAACUGCAGAGAAGCUUAAAAUUCCUGUUGUUGCUGAUGAAGUCUAUGGGCACCUUGCUUUUGGGGACAACCCGUUUGUACCAAUGGGACUUUUCGGAUCAAUUGUUCCGGUCCUAACUCUAGGGUCUCUAUCAAAGAGAUGGAUAGUACCCGGAUGGCGACUUGGUUGGUUCGUGAUGAGUGACCCCUGUGGCAUGUUUAAAAAUCCUAAGAUUAUCGAGCGUAUAAAGAAGUAUUUUGAUAUUUUGGGAGGACCUGCAACUUUUAUUCAGGCAGCUGUUCCCUGUAUCAUUGAGCAAACUGAUGAGGUUUUCUUCAGAAAAACUAUUAACACACUGAAGCAGACCUCAGAUAUUUGUUGGGAUAUGAUAAAGGAGAUCCCUUGCAUUAGUUGUCCCCAAAAGCCUCAGGGAUCUAUGGCUGUCAUGAUUAAACUAAAUCUUUCAGACCUGGAAGACAUCAGCGAUGAUAUUGACUUCUGUUUCAGGCUGGCCAAAGAAGAAUCUGUUAUCAUUCUUCCUGGUACUGCAGUGGGGUUAAAGAAUUGGCUUCGAAUCACGUUUGCUGCUGAUCCACCCUCUCUGAAAGAAGCGUUGGGCAGAUUGAAGUCUUUCUGUGAAAGACAUACCAAGAUACUGCAGAUAUAUUGAAAGUACAGGCUACACAACAUGCCCUCAAGCCUCACACAGUAUACUGACACCAUUUCCUGCUGCCAGCAUAUCUUUAAUAAUAGAAUAAUAUUAUGCUUCUUCAACUGGUCAAUAAUGCUUGUUGAUUUAUUGUUAAUAACACUUGCAGAUGUUAGAUGUUAUUUCUUUUAUGGGAAAUUUUAACUUGAAUGUUAGAGGUCAUCUGCAAAGUAGUCUUCUUCCACAUGUAGUAAAAUUUAUAGUGCCAAAUGAUAUAAUGUAUAAGAAGUUGUUACUUUGUUA